AUGGAUUUUGGAGAAGCUAUCGAAUUUGUUAACAAGAUUAAGGCGAGAUUUGGGAGUGAUGACCGUGCAUAUAAAAAGUUUCUUGACAUUUUGAACAUGUAUAGAAAGCAAAGCAAGUCUAUCUCUGAUGUAUAUCAAGAGGUUACUCUGUUAUUUCAGGACCAUGAAGAUCUGCUUGCGGAGUUUGCCCAUUUCUUACCUGAUACUUCAGGAUCAGGGUCUGCUCAUUCCCCUCUGUCCGGAAGGAACACAGUACCUGCCAUGCAUCCAAGGAAUUUUAAGAAGGUUUCUCUAAACUCAUAUUUCUGA